CAUUCAUAUUUAAAAUUUAUAAACUGUCUCAUGUCUGCUACAUUCACGCUCAUCAUUUAAAUUGCACUGCUUUGAAGUUGGCUUUCUUUGUUUGGAUAAAGUGGCAUUGAAGUUUCAAUGCAAGUGACGUGAAAAAAAAGUGUAAUUACCGGUUCGGAAAAAUUAAUUAGUGUUAAUUCCAGGCUGUAACGAUAGAAUUUUUAAAUUUUUUAAAUUUUUUCGGUAAAUUUUUAUGACUCGAGUGACGUAAUUAGAAAAGUGAAAUUUAAAAAUUAAGUUAUUAGUGCCCAUAGUGCCCGCCAUUAGUACGCGUUACCUAGUGAUCGCAUAAAUACUUGAAGAUAAAUUAAACUUGUGUUCUAUUAUGGAGACUGAAAACAAUCGAUGCCUCGAAGAUUAUUUUUUGAUACAUUUGCUAAGUUAUACCGACCAGCUACCAAAAGGAAUCAAAAUUUUGAUGAAUUUUUAUCCAGGGAAUUACGUGAUGAAGGAUUCAAGAUGAGUAAGCAGUCAGCCCGGUAGGAGGUGGGAUAAAAUCCUAAAAACCAUCAAUUAAACUGUCACAUGAAAGAAAAAUAACCAGGAAAACAUCAUGAAUUCAACGGAAUUCUUUCAAGAAACGUUAAACACGACAAAUGAUACACUUAAUUUUAAUUGCGGCACUGACUUACGGAUAGUCGCGAUCGUCCAUCAAGUUAUCUAUUCAAUUGUCUGUGUCGUUGGUUUGCUCGGUAACACUCUAGUUAUUUACGUAGUUCUGCGUUUUUCGAAAAUGCAGACAGUGACGAAUAUGUACAUUGUUAAUUUGGCGAUCGCUGACGAAUGUUUUCUCAUCGGAAUACCAUUUCUGGUGACGACAUUGAGCUUGAGAUAUUGGCCAUUUGGUGAAAUAAUGUGCAAAGCUUACAUGACAACCACCAGCAUCAAUCAAUUUACCAGCAGUAUAUUCCUUUUUAUCAUGAGCGCGGACCGGUAUAUUGCAGUCUGUCACCCCAUUUCCGCAACUAAGAUGCGAACGCCGUUUAUCUCGAAGGUUGUAUCAAUGACAGCUUGGUUUACCAGUGCUCUGUUUAUGAUACCUGUGGUUCUGUAUGCCAACGUCAACGAAUUCGACAACGGGAUCAGCUGUAACAUAUAUUGGCCUGACAACAAUAUCGAUAACAAUAAAACCCACGGAAACCAGACGGCACUUGACGAACAUCAAAUGCACGGUGGCCAGACGACCUUCACACUUUACACCUUUUUUCUCACAUUCGCUGUUCCUCUUACGUUCAUUCUUGUGUUCUAUUUUUUGGUCAUCAGAAAACUCCAAACAGUCGGCCCGAAAAAUAAAUCCAAAGAGAAGAAAAGAUCGCAUAAGAAAGUGACGAAACUUGUACUCACUGUUAUCACAGUUUACGUUCUCUGCUGGCUUCCGUACUGGAUAACCCAAGUGGCGCUGAUUUACGAACCACCGAAACAGUGUCAAUCAUCAAUAAGCAUCACUGCCUUUCUUCUCGCGGGAUUUCUCAGCUACUCGAACAGCGCAAUGAAUCCAAUUCUGUACGCGUUUCUCAGUGACAAUUUCAAAAAGAGUUUUCUUAAAGCCUGCACCUGCGCUGCUGGCAAAGACAUAAAUGCAACUUUGCACAACGAAAAUAGCGUGUUUCCGAAAAAAAACAAAUCGGAUCAUGAUAAAUUGAAGUCAAGCAAAGCGAUCGCGUCGGCAAAUUCCCGCGCGAAAUUGGAAGACGAAGAAGACGAACGCGGUCUACUUAUCAGCAAGACAUCGACUACAACUGUUACCAUGACGUCGAGAACAAAUAUAACUGUUAUAAGCGAUUCUAAGGAUCAAAAAGGAUCAAAAGGAACGACGGGACAAAGAGACAAAGAUUGUUUACGAAAUGGCGCCCAACUUACGCUACUCACACAAGUUUAACCAUAUCAAUUAUAAUUACUCACUAAAGUUUCCUUAAGUUUAGAGACAUUUCCGGUCAUGUGUCUUCUCUUUCACUUGAUCCAUCUUUCUGCCUUUCGUUCCACUCAGUUUAUCGCCAAAGGAGUUUGCCAGAGCUUCCAAUGAGACACCACGUUUAGUUGGAUAAGCUCAGUAAAUUUAUCGAACGAUGAGUCGCUCACUAUAUACGUAUACUUAUACCCGUAUAUAUGUGUAUAUAUGUACCGCCUCCACACUUAUACGUCAAGUAUUCUGUGUAUGAUAUAUACAUAAGUGAUGAGACGUGUGUUUGUCGGUGGAUGUAAUUCGCGUACUGGAUUCCAUAAUCUUAACUUUAUGCACCGUCACUGGAGAUAGAACACGCUUGUUUGCCUUCACGGUAUACCUUAUAUACGAUGCUUUUCAUCCUGAUGGCGAGCAACUAUUCUGUCAACUUUCCUGAAAAGAACAAUGAUAAAUUGUACAGUCGACUGGCCGUCAUAAGCCUGGUUUAGGGGACGUAGGGGAUUUUUCUUGUAAUUUCGGUCUUCCCACCCGCGCGUUUACUUUUGCUACCUGUUUUAUUUAAUGGGAUUUUGAACGUCAUAUUUACGUUCUGUCAUGAGCUUGUGGUGGUAAAAUUUCCGCGAAAUUUAGAUAGUAAAUUUUUAUUAUUAAUUUUGAUAUUUUUUCCUAUUGGGAGUUUAAAAUUUUGAAAAUUAGAACGGACUGAUAGGAAAUUCAAAAAGUGGGAAAGUUGGGCACAGUAACUGCUGAGUAGGGGGAGAGACUGACAGGUAGUCGGCUGUAUAAAUUUUGUUACCGAGACUUUAAUAAAAAAAAUAUAUAUAUUAGGGUGGGUUGAAAAAAAAAUUUUUUUUUUUUUUUCUUAGCAUGGGGUAGAAUUUGUACCUUAUAAAAAAAAAAUUUUUCAAGAAAAAAAAAAUUUUUUUACUCUACAUUUUGAGUUAGUCCACUCGUUUUUUAACAAAAAAAUUUUUUUUUGUCCAAAA